CGGCAACACCAAUACGAAAUCAUAACAUCUGAGCACGUCAGAAAAAAUAUAGAAUAGAAAUCAUUAUUCACAUUAUUUAUCUUAAACCACCUAGAAAAUAAGCAAAAUUAUACAGCUUCCUAAUAAAUCUUGAGUGAAAAGAUAAAUUCCAUUUGAACAGAUAUGCCUUUGCCUAGUGGUGCAUUUGGUCAACAAGGACCCUCAUGCUUUGAUAAAAUGAAAACAGGCUUUACAAUUGGAUUCUGUGUGGGCAUGGCCAGUGGAGCUUUGUUUGGAGGAUUUUCAGCUUUAAGAUACGGCCUAAGGGGACGUGAACUUAUUAAUAAUGUUGGCAAAGUUAUGAUACAAGGUGGUGGCACUUUUGGUACGUUUAUGGCCAUUGGCACAGGAAUUCGUUGUUAAUGCAAGAGGUGAAUGACUUUUAAGUUCAACGCUUAAUGAGCGUUUAAUGGAAUAUCUUUGUCGUGAAGCUCGAAAACCAUAUGAUUUGGUUUAAUAUUGUGGUUUAUAUAUCUUUAACGUUCUGUUGUUGAAAGUAGAUUUUGAAUUGAAAUUACAUUAUAUGCUUAAUAAAUUUUAAUAUAUAUUUCCUAAGGAGAA